AAGAGGAACUGGGAAAGGAGGAAGUCAAAAAACAAUUCUAAGAAUAUAACAGCAGUUACGAGCUUCCUGAGUCAACUAAGCUUAUCAGCAGCACAGAGAAAGACAUUCUUUUCCCUGCAAGGAAUUCCUCCAUGAAACCCUUUAACUCAGUACUGCAGGGACUGAUGCUAUUCCUGUUAUUGCUUCUGAUGGGAGCAGCUGAUGCAUAUACCGGGACAGGAGAGAAACGAUGGAAUGGGGAAGGCACUAACCCCCAUCUGGAGAGUAUCUUCCUGGGCAGAUGCAAUGAGUAUAUCUCUGUGGUGAAGCCUGAACUCAGUGAGAAAAACUGCUCAGCAAUAUGGGAAGCCUUUAAAUCUGUGCUCCAUAAGGAUCCCUGCUCUGUCCUGCCUUCAGACUAUGACCUUUUUAUUAACUUGUCAAGACACUCCAUUCCCAGAGAUAAGUCAUUGUUCUGGGAAAAUAGCUAUUCCCUUGUUAUUGCUUACGCUGAUAACACCCGCCGGCUGAUGUCUUUAAAUGAUAUGCUAUAUGGCAGAGUAGGAGAUCUCAUCAGUUGGUGUCGAGAAGAAAAUGGCACAGAUUUUGAUUACCAAUCCUGUCCCAUAGUCGAAGACUGUGAGAACAAUGCAGUGGACUCCUUCUGGAAGAGAGCAUCCUCACAGUACGCACAUGAUAGCUCAGGAGUGAUACAUGUUAUGUUGAAUGGUUCAGAGUUAUCUGGAGCCUAUCCAGUAAAGGGUUUUUUUGCAGAUUAUGAGAUCCCCAACUUUCAAAAAGAUAAAAUCACACAAUUUGAGAUCUGGAUUAUGCAUGAAAUUGGAGGACCAUAUAUAGAAUUCUGUGGGGAAGGAAGUGUGAAAAUACUGGAAAACAGACUGAAAAGCAUGGCAUUUAAAUAUGAAUGUAUUAAUGAUUACAGACCCGUGAAGCUCCUACAGUGCGUGGACCAUACGGCCGACUCUGACUGUGUCUCUACUUCAGCAGCAGAGUCAAUACAACAAAGAUUCCCAUCUCUUUUUGGAGGAAAAUGGGAUCUGGGCCUUGUAUUUUUUCUUGUCUUGGCACUGGCUUCAGGAAUUCAACUUUAACUUCUUCAUGAGAUAAGGGAUUUUCUGAGAGUGAUCCACUCUGUGUGUGUGUGUGUGUGUGUGUGUGUGUGUGUGUUUUGGUGAGGCACUUGGGGUUAAGUGACUUGCCCAGGGUCACACAGCUAGUAAGUGUCAAGCAUCUGAAGCUGGAUUUGA